AUGGUAUUCCGAGGAUGUGUUCCCUCAGGUUUAUCAGAGCCGGGCAUUGGCAGAAUAGAUGUGACACCGUCUCAUCCUCUUCUUCAUUAUGGCAGCUCCUACAGUAGUCAUUAUGCCUGCACAUUGAUAAAAUUUACAAAUAUUGUUUGCGAGGAAUUUGACAAAUCUUUUGGCGAUAUCAAGGAGUGCAAACUCAAAGUUAUGGGACGCAAUAAGGUGGCUUUGCGUUUAACUAUGCGGCUAUUCCAUGUGCCCGUAAACAAUAUAACGGUAAAUUUUCAAUUAUUUCGCAAAAGCUUUGAUUAUCGUCCAUUUAUGUACAAUACUACCCUCGAUUUCUGUGUAUUUCUGAAAAAUCAAAAACGUUAUCCAUUUUGGGAACGACUUUAUGGCUUUGCAAUACCCUACACUAAUGUAAAUCAUAGCUGUCCCUUUGAUCAUGACAUUAUCAUCCAAGAUAUGAUUUUGAGUGAGGAUAUGUAUAAGAAUUUACCACUACCCUCGGGAGACUAUAAAUUGCGUGUUAGUAUGGCUGCUUAUAAUCACUAUAAAGCGGCUGUGGACUUCUUUGUCACGGGAAUCUUGUAA